AUGUCAAGCUCAGUAGUAAGACGGAUCCGAAUCCUCAACUUGACCCGGAAACCAAAACCCGACUCCAACAUUUCAAUCGCUCUCCUCCACACCACCGUCCCUUCUCCACCGCCCGAUCUCUCAAACCCAACACCACUAGAUCCUCUGAUUUCCGACGCCGUCUCCAUCCUAACUCACCACCGCUCCAAAUCACGGUGGUCAACUCUCCGAUCUCUCCACCCUUCCGGUUUCACUCCUACACAAUUCUCCGAAAUCACUCUCCGCCUCCGCAACAAUCCUCAUCUCUCUCUCCGCUUCUUCCUCUUCACUCGCCGCUACUCUCUCUGCCCUCACGACAUCAGUUCCUGCUCGACUCUCGUCCAUAUCCUCGCUCGAUCUCGUCUCAAGAGCCACGCUCGUGACGCAAUCCGUCUCGCUCUCCGUCUAGCAGACGAAGAAACCGAAACCGAACGCGUCUCCAAAGUGUUUCGGUCGUUGAUCAAGAGUUACAAUCGAUGUGGGUCUGCACCGUUCGUGUUCGAUUUGCUGAUAAAAUCGUGUCUUGAUUCGAAAGAGAUCGAUGGAGCUGUGAUGGUAAUGAAGAAAUUGAGGACUAAAGGAAUCAAUUUACAGAUUAGUACUUGCAAUGCUUUGAUCUCAGAGGUUUCAAGGCGUAGAGGUGCUUCCAAUGGAUAUAAGCUAUAUAGAGAAGUCUUUUGUUUAGACGAUAUUAAAGUCGAUGUAACUGAGAAGUUCGUAGUUAGGAUUAAGCCGAAUGUGAACACUUUCAAUUUGAUGAUGGUGAGUUUUUAUAGAGAAGGUGAAACAGAGAAUGUAGAAAGGAUAUGGAGAGAAAUGGAGGAAGAAGUAGGAUGCUUUCCGAAUGCAUAUAGUUAUAGUGUUUUGAUGGAAACGUAUUGUGCUCGAGGUAUGAUGAGCGAAGCCGAGAAGACAUGGGAAGAGAUGAAGUUAAAAGGAGUGGAUCAUGAUGUUGUGGCUUAUAACACCAUGAUUGGUGGACUUUGCAGUAACUUAGAGGUUACUAAAGCGAAGGAGCUUUUCAGGGAAAUGGGAUUGAAGGGAAUAAAGUGUACUUCUCUAACCUAUCAGCAUCUUGUGAAAGGAUAUUGUAAAGCAGGGGAUGUUGAUUCGGCUAUGGUUGUUUACAGAGACAUGAAGAGGAAGGGUUUUGAGGCAGAGGGUUUAACUGUUGAAGCAUUAGUAGAAGGACUAUGUGAUAGUGACAAACACAGAGCUCUUGAAGCUGCGGAGAUCGUGAAGGAUGCAGUGAGAGAAUCCGAGUUUUAUCCUAGUCGGAAAUGUUACGAGUUGUUGAUAACGAGGUUGUGUGAGGAAGGGAAGAUGGAGAGAGCAUUGAACAUUCAGGCUGAGAUGGUGGGGAGAGGAUUUAAGCCGAGUCAAGAGACGUAUAAAGCUUUUAUCGACGGGUAUGGAACAGUAGGCGAUGAGGAAACAUCUGCAUUGUUAGCCAUAGAAAUGGCGGAAUCUCUAAAGCUAAGAGCAGGCGAAGAAGAAGUUUGA